AUGCCCCGCGGCCCGGCCGCCGCCGCCCCGCUGCUGCUGCUGCUGGCGCUGCUGCUGGCGGCGGCCCCGCCGCACGGCGGCUCCGAGAGCCCCAAGGGGAAGCAGAAGGCGCUCCGGCAGCGGGAGGUGCUGGACGUGUACAAUGGCAUGUGCUUACAAGGCCCCAGUGGUGUUCCUGGACGGGAUGGAAACCCAGGAGCCAAUGGGAUCCCUGGGACACCUGGGAUCCCAGGACGGGAUGGGCUGAAAGGGGAGAAGGGCGAGUGCAUGCGUGAGAGCAUCGAGGAGUCCUGGACACCCAACUUCAAGCAGUGUUCGUGGAGCGCGCUCAAUUAUGGCAUCGACCUGGGGAAGAUCGCGGAGUGCACGUUCACCAAGAUGCGCUCCAACAGCGCUCUCCGCGUGCUCUUCAGCGGCUCGCUUCGGCUCAAGUGCAGGAGCGCCUGCUGCCAGCGCUGGUACUUCACCUUCAACGGGGCAGAGUGUGCUGGGCCACUGCCGAUUGAAGCCAUCAUAUACCUAGAUCAAGGGAGCCCAGAGCUGAAUUCUACUAUUAACAUACACAGAACCUCUUCAGUGGAAGGUCUGUGUGAAGGGAUCAAUGCUGGCUUGGUGGAUAUUGCCAUCUGGGUUGGGACGUGCUCAGAUUAUCCACGGGGAGAUGCUUCUACUGGAUGGAAUUCAGUCUCCCGAAUCAUCAUUGAAGAACUGCCAAAAUAACUUCCCUCCUGUUUUUACCUUUUAAAAAAAAUUUUGUACUUUUUUUUCCCAGAAUUUAUUUCAAUAGAGUUAGAUGCAAGUACUGGACUGAAAGGCACCAAAGCCUUGCAUCUGUAGCCUUUGUCUUAUUUUGCAAAUGGCAGAGGUUUUUUAUAAUAAUCAUUUUAGAAUACAAAUAUCAAAACCAAGUUCAUUAAUAUUUUACAUUUCUUUUUUUAUGUAAUACCACCACUGUUUUUAGAAUUAACCAUAACAUUUUGUAUCAAAUAAAGAAGACCUUUUACAAAACAAAAUCUAUGUUAUUUUAUUGAACAUUAAUAUGUUUCAGGUAUUUUACAUGGUGUUAUAAGAUUUUUUUAGAAUGCUUUACAGAUGAAGUUCUAAGAAAGUAAAAUCAGGUGUUGGCUUUAGCCUUCAGAAAACAUACAUAAAAUUAAUUCCUGUAAAACUGACUGCUGAAUAGGAUGCUCUGCUGUUACAGUCUUGUCUCUCAACAAACUCCUGGUGACUUAACUGUGACCUAAACAAUGUGGUAAGUGUUAAACAACUCAUUAUGAAUAAAUGAGCAAAACCAGCCUAUCUAAGCUCUCCUUCCCUCUCUUGCUUCUUGAUAGCUGGAUCUCACUGUAUCAUCUAUGACUGGUCUUCACUACUAAGAUGCAGACACUAAAUAAUUUUACAGUUACAACACUUAAUUUCCUUGCUCCAAUAAAGUAAUUCUCCUGGAUUUAGCCCUUCAGAUACAUAGAAUCACUUUGGUAUUAGUUAAAAGCUAGAUAUAUGAAACAGUUUAGAAGAUACAGAAAUAAGGCAGGUUGAAAUGCCUAGGCUUUCAAAAAGUGAACUGAUAAAGUUAAACAAUGAAGUCACAGCUGCUUGACAAGUGACAACACCAAUCAUGCCAACAGACCAUAAACUUUUGUGUUUUAAGCAUUUUCUUCCAAAUAAUGUAAGUGACAUACUCAAAUAUUUCCAAAAAUUGUACAUAUUCUAAAGAGAAACAAUAGUCAUGUUUGUAUUACAAAAUCAAUUUUACAUUAAUGAAAUAAAAAUCCCAUGAAAAGCAUGUACAACAUGCAAAAAUCUCCACUCUUCCCAGGAAAUUAAAAGAAAAAAAACUCCAUUAAAUCUGAGAUAAGGAAUUUAUUUCAGCUAUUUAGGAUUAAAUCUCAUCUUCUUUUCUGAACAGGCUGCCAGAUUUCCCCCAGGCAUCUCUUGCCUGUAGCUGUUGUUACAGAUACCAGAGGAGGACACCUGCAGUGAGGGGAGCACUUGGGCUUGCCCAACUGCAAGAUGGUGUGUGAGAUUUGCUGCAAGCCAGCAAGUUACAUAGCUGGUAUUUUGUCUCUGAAGAACUGCAAUGUUUUCACUGGCUUGGACGAUGGUUUCAAGGUAUCUGAACACAAACAAGUCACUAUGAGCUGAGCUGCAGUGCAAACGUACAGAAUGUGUUAACACAGUGAGUGAUUGUGCCCCUGCCCCAGCCUGUCUUUGCACUGAUCCUGAGCCAUGAGUAAGCUGUUCUGGGCCCAGAGCACACUAAUUCAGGGUAGCACAUGCACAGCUUUCUCUUUUAUGAUAUUUUCAUAGGUCUUCACAAUAUGUUUUGGACCCUGGGUGGUAGAGUUAACUCAGUGUUCCAUUAAAUUCAUUCUGUGUACCACAAACAACAAACCCCAGUAAGCACCCUCCAAAGGCAGAAGCUGCUGUUACAGAUCUACAUAAUUUACACGGUAAACUUCCAGGAAAUUUAUCUUCAGCUAAAUACACACAGAACCUUCUGUAAUAAAAACUAAAGCCAGCUGUACUGGCCCCAGAUGAGAUUAUUAUUUCUGAUGAGAUUAAAAACUCUACCAGUAGAGGGGAUGGGAUUGUGGAAUUGAAAGUGUAAAUUAUUAACAAAGUUAGUAAUACACAAAAUGUGGUAUGUGGUAACAGUAGCUACAAAAACAAGCAAAUGGAUUGCUGAACGAAGAAUCAAAAUACUAAGCAGCUUCUGUAGCUUUCCAGAUUUUAACUUAAAAUUUAAGCUGAGUCCCUAAUCUGUUAAAUUUUUAUUAAAAAUUGUUCUUUCCGCUUUAGGUUAAUCUGGUUAAACAUGAAAUUUCUCUGAUUGUUCGGCUCCCUCUGUAACUGAUGAUUUCCCCCCAACUGUUGGACAGCCUUUGCUAACUUAGUCCCUAGUUAAAUGAUACUUAUGAGAUACUUAAUAUCUUCUUACCAACAACAGAAGGCAGAGGUUAGGGUCAGUAAUGUCUUCUCUUCAAGAAAUAAAAACCCCCAAACCACCAAACCCAGAACUCUAAAAAAUACAUAUCCUUGACAGCAAUUAUUGGCGUGGAAAAAACCCAUAAUUAUUAUACAAAUUUAUGGAGAUGUAUUACAAUUUAAUAUAUCAGUAAGUUAGCAAUGAAUAUAUUAACAAUCCUUUCCUUAAACUAAAUCAGAAGAUAUCAAUGGAUUGUUCUGUUUUUUUUUUUAAGAAAGUCCUGUGCACAGGAUUUUUUUAAGACUAGAAACUUUUUUCUUCCCAGAGAAUAUUAUUGAAAGUAAGCGUGGUCCUAUUUGUUACUUACACUGUUUGAUCACUGUGGGAUUACUAGAAAAAAUCCUCAUCCUUAAAAUGUAAACCCACUUUCAAAUAUGCACUUACUUAAUAAUAUUUGGUCAGCUGUAUCAUUAAUGGAGACAGACUCUGGCACAGAGAGAGAUGGAGAGAGAAAGAAUGAAAGAGAGAGAAAAUGAAUUAAGUAGCCAGCAAUGCAUGCACUUUUAGCACAUCAGUCUGCUGCUAAAACCAAGUUAAAAACCACAGUGCAAGCUUGUCCUGGUAUGAGACAAGAGCUGAGUUUCAUCAGACUUGCAAUUAUUCAAAACCAAGUAUGGACAGCUGUUUAAAAAAAAACAAUUUCAGUUUCCAAACUGCACCCCACUGAGGCAGCAUUUUUGUGUUGGAUGAACAACAGAGGCCAGAGCAUUCCAUAUCCUAAAAUCUGACAAAUAACACAGAGGUGGAUUCAGACGACAUUCCUUGUUUUAACGAGACUCAGAGAUUUAUGAAAGCUUUGACAGGCCUCAGGGUUGCUUUCAUAUGAAGUUUUCCAGUUGUGCAGGAGCAGAAUCUCACCAAUUGUUAUCUGGAGACUUGCUGAAACUGCUUAGUGGGUUAUUCCAGGCAGGCCAGGAUGAAUGGAAUUGCUGUGCAGCUGCCUUCACCCAGUCACAGCACUGUUACUUCACAGUUGCAGACGUCUGCUUCAAGCAGACACCGCUGAUUCAGAGAGGAAGGCAGCAGUGCAGGAACAUGCAGGAGAGAUGUUGGCAGGGUUUAUUGUCUCUACAUUCUUUCCUCAAAAUACCAGAUCAAAUCACAGUGUCAAAGAAGACUGCUGAACUAAAUUUCUCCCAGAUCAUAAAUAUAUU